CGUUUAUUCACAGCUCUCUACUCCAAAGUAACGUACAAUCAUCUUUGUCUCACAAUCAUAAUAUAAUAUAAUUUCAUAAAAUAAAUAUUCAAUACAAUGUAGUUUUACUUUUGAAUCAAUUGAAAAAUAAGGUAUAUCAAUCAAACAUUCACACAAUCCAUAUUAUCUAUACAUAGUAAGCAAAUCAAUUGAGUCCUUAAAAAGAAAGAGAUCCCUAUAUAUAAUGUAUAAAUAAAUGCCAAAAGGAUCGGAAGGUAUUCCUAUUCCUUGAUUUGUACACCCAGGAAAUGGAGCAGAGCUACAAAGGUUACUACACGUUAGCCAUGGCAGCCUUAUGGCUGCUUCUAAUCCCGGCGGUUCGGGGAUGGGGAACAGACGGGCAUAUGAUCGCCUGUCGGAUUGCCGAGUCGCGGCUGAGCUCGGCGGCGGCGGUCGGAGUUGAGGAGCUGUUGGGGGCGGCGUCUGCAGAGAGGCGGAACCUGUCGAGUCUGUGUUCGUGGGCGGACAAUGUGAAGUUCGUGUUUCCGUGGUCUUCUGCUUUGCAUUAUAUCAACACCCCCGAUCAUCUAUGCUCCUAUCGGUACAAUAGGGAUUGCAAGGAUGAAGGUGGCAAAAUGGACAGAUGUGUAGCAGGGGCUAUCAAUAAUUACACCUCCCAACUUGUCAACUAUGCCCAUGGCGAUCACUCCUCCUAUAAUGCGACACAAGCACUGCUCUUUCUAUCUCAUUUUCUUGGGGACAUUCAUCAGCCUCUGCAUGUUGGAUUUACCACAGACAAGGGAGGCAACACAGUUGAUGUCCACUGGUUCACUAGGAAAACAAAUCUACACCAUGUAUGGGAUACCAGCAUUAUUGAGACAGCUGAAGAACAACUCUAUGAUUCCCAAGUUGAAGAACUGAUUGAUGCAAUUGAGAAGAAUAUCUCGAAUGGAUGGGCAAGUAAAGUGAAGUCAUGGGAGGCAUGCUCCAAUAGAAAAGAAGCCUGCCCAGAUGUAUAUGCAUCUGAGGGUAUUGAAGCAGCAUGUAAUUGGGCAUACAAAGGAGUGGAAGAUAAUUCAGUAUUGGGAGAUGACUACUUCUCAACACGCUUACCAAUUGUCCAACUGCGGCUAGCUCAAGCUGGGGUGCGUUUGGCAGCAAUACUAAACCGUAUAUUUGGAUGAGAUGGAAAUUAAAUUACUUGAAGGGUUGCUGAGGCUCUGUUGAUAUUGAUUGAAUGUACCAAAUCUAGUUCUGUAUGUGAAUCCAUGAAAUUCACUUCAAAAUUAUGGCAAUCUUUAGUUCAUUAAUUGUAAGGUCAAAUGUUCUUUAAGGUCAAAAGUAAUAUUAUCAAAAGAAAGUUCAAGUUCUAGAGUAUAGAGACGCUUUCCAAAUUCUGUAGCUAAUUCAUUGUGAUUAUGACAUGCCAGAUUGCCAAUUCUAGCAUGGUAUGAAUUACUCGUAAAAGUCAGUUUAAGAUGAUGGCCAUCUUUGAUUCAUAUUAAGGGAGUG